AUGAUCAAUCGAUUAGAGACCAAUAUAGGGCGAAUGGAGGCUCGUUUACAGGGUUUGGGGUUUGACCUAUGCAAUAAUAAAGAAACACAACAAGUCCCGCCACAUCAAUUGGUGUCCAACAGCCCAUAUUCAACCCCAUCACCAUGCACCUCCGGCCCCGAGAACUCACUGGACGAGGCAUCCUUCAGGGAUGAAUCACAUCACCAAGACAUCUGCGGAGACUUGGAAGAACCACGCACCACCGCAAUUCCAGAGGUAGCACAGGAACGCGAUGCGUUAGAUACUCAAGAAGUCAAGGAAGACCCAUUUCCUGAUUUUGGGUAUCUCGUACUUCCGAGAUGUAUACUCGACACGCCAGCUAGAAGCCUCCCUGCUUUAUCACACGAAGGUCUGGAGUGGGUGAGCCAACAAUCUGGCGUAUCUCCCGGAUUAUUGCCCGGCGGGUAUUUCAAUACUACGCCAUUCGGCCCGCGAGGGCCAUUGGGGUCAUUAUGUGACGACUUCCCAAGGAAAACCUUUUAUCCACUGCCGUCCAAAGAAGAAACUUCGGCGUUGCUGCAUGAUUAUCUACAGAAUUUCAACACCCUGUGCCCUCUAUUCGAGCAGGCCAAGCUUGUCUCUCUCUUCAACCAAGACAAUUUAGAUGUUGCUCUUCGAAGUCCUGCGUUGUGGGCUAGUGCCAAUGUGGUGUUUGCCCUAGGAAUCGCAUUUCGCAUCAAUGAUGGAGCUGUUGUGCAAUCAGAGUAUCAAAAAAGCUGGCUCUUCAUGAAAAAUGCCUUCGGUACCUUUCAUGAUCUUUGUCUAGGUGAGCCAGAUAUGUGGUCCAUCCAGGCACUCUUAGGAAUGUCGAUUUUCUUUUUAGGAACAAUGUCUGCCGAACCUUGCUGUUUUCUCGUCACCGCCGCCAUACGCAUGAUUCAUCAAAUUGGGUUGGGAAAGGGAGAGGAAAGCGUUACGCUCGACUCGGAAUAUAAAGAACACCGAAGAAUUAUAUUUUGGGUCGCAUACUGUCUUGAUAGAGAGUAUGCAUACUCACGAUCCUAUCGAUGCCUACCGCUAAUCAUAAUCAGGGUCUCACUCCGCUUCGGGAGACCUCCCACGCAAAGCGAUGAUGAUAUGAGCAUUGGCCUACCUACCGAUUCACCAAUACGCGACGCUAGUAUAAUACCGUCAAUGUAUCAGAAUGUCGAAUUUGAUGCCUUCAGAGCACAUUGUCAACUUGCAACCAUCAAAGGCCAAGUCUACAAAGAUCUAUAUUCGGCGGCAGCAAAGGAUAGAUCGCUCUCCGAGUUAUUGACUUCUGUCGGCGCGUUGGACCAAAUGCUCGAGAACUGGAAGGAGGAACUACCAUCGAAAUACCAGCCAGAAUUACAACGAUUGCAGUCCAUGUCGAUGACCCUUCUCUACCUCCAUUGCUCCUAUUUUAAUUGCAUUAUCGCAAUGCACAGAUUAAUUGCAAGUCGAGGAAUCCGUACAGGUGAUGAUCUGGUCAGAAAAUACGAAGAUUUUGGUUAUUCGGCUGCUCUUCCCGGCUCUCCAAGAGUAUUUGCGUCCGAAUCUCUGUGCACCAAUGCCGCACGAGCCUCUAUCAGGCUGAUGAAGUAUAUACCGGAGGGACAUAUAUCCGCUGUUGGCAUUAUCCGGAAUCCAUUUGAUACCUCACGAUUAUCUGACAUGAGGCUCAUCGAUCAGGUAGAGACGCUCUUGUCUUCGUUUAUUGCAAGUAUUCCAAAUCAAGCCAUCGCACAGCUGAAGACUUAUUGUGCAAACUAUCGCGCUGCUGCAAAGGCUGCGAUCCAAAAGACCAUGCAAUUCUGUGCCAAUAAAGAUCCUUUAAAUUAA